UUAAACUAAUUAGCUUCAGUCACUGUCUAGGAUUUGUGCUGAAGUAAGCUGUCCACUGUGUCGCAAGGUCUAAAAUGGCGUCACCCACUAGCCUUUGCAAACGAAGACGCGGCUAGAAGUGACUGUCAUUGUUUAUGCUGAAGAUCUAAAAUGGUGGACACAGCUGCAUAGGCAGUGCAAGCUGACAUGACGCUGAUUUUAUAUGCCAUAAAGUGCUGUUGUUUCGUGCAGAUUUUAAAGAGCUACGGAAUUAUUACACCUCUAAAACCGUGGACGUAGGACAGUAACGGUACAUAAUGGAUGUGGACAAGAUGCUUCGACUACACCGCACUCUCUCACUGAGCCCCCCUUAACCGCAGCGGUGGGUGUUGGUAAGCGACCGCCACUCGCCAUGACUAUGCGCUCCACUGUGUUUACAAGUGGAGGAAACAAGCUGGACACAGACGCCAAUGACCAAGGCAAAAAACAAGCGGUAGCUGCUGAAUCUCAGACUGGCUUGAAGAAGGAAAGCUGUGAACACCCUGUCAGAGUUCCGGCUGUCUUGAGCACCAUUCAUAAUAGCAGCGAACAGCAUCUCCACAGCAAAGCAAAGAUCUUCUCAAGCAGUCAAAGUGCAGUGGGCAGACCUGGCCAGUCUCCAACAGUGAGGAAAGGGCAAGAGGAGAACUGGGUGAACCUGGGGUGUUUGACACUUCCACUGGCCAAGCAGAUGGGGGCCGAGGGUACCCCAGUAAAAAGCAAAUCACUGUUCGGACAGGCCAGUCACAACCACUUGGGCAAGAUGGAUCCAGUGGCAUCCAACGGCAGCAAGCAGCCCAGGAAGGCAGGGCCAGCUGGUGGAGUAGCGAUAGCUGGAGUCCCCUCACCAGAACAUGGCCCUGAUGGAAAACGCCGAAAUGUGGUGAAGGGCACCGCCACACAGACUAGCUGCAUCCGACAGAUCCUGCUGUUACAGCUAGAACUGAUUGAACAGCAGCAGCAGCAACUGCAGAACAAGAAUAAAGAAAUAGAUGACCUCAAAGCUGAAAAAGAGAUGUUGAUGGCACGCAUCGAGCGAAUGGAACGGCGGUUACAGGUGGUGAAGAAAGAUGGAGUUGAGAGUCGGCCAGCUCAGACUCCUCGUCGCAGGGAGACUGUGGAGCCCGUCUCAGCAGAAGGCACGGGACACUCUGAGGGACAAAGCCACACCCCUAGACAAAUGCCUUUUGGAAGGGGUGGCAAGGGCCUGAAAAGGAGAUUCCUUUUCCAAGAGUCCAGGAUGUCCAGGUCUAGGCGUGGGCAGCCUAAAACGUCCCCUCCAAAGGAAAGCCAAGCUUUGAAGGAGGAGUCUGAGGAUGAGGCAAGUCCUGAGUUUAAGUCUCAUGGUUCCUCCCUCGUCGAAUCGGAAGAACUGCCUUACAUGGCUACGACUGAGAUGUACCUCUGCUGCUGGCACCAGCCACCACCGUCACCAUGGCGAGAUCCAUCUCCUGUACAGGAGGACACAGUUGCCGUCCCUUCUUGGCGAGAAAUUAUUGUGGAACCUCUGGAAGACAAAAAAGCAACAGACAUCCCUGAGAGUCUGGAUGACGGAGUUUUCUUGAAGCGGCAUUCAAAACUGGAGCUGGAUGAGAAGAGAAGAAAAAGGUGGGAUAUUCAGCGCAUUAGGGAGCAGCGGAUGUUUCAGCGACUCCAGCAGAGGAUGAACAAGCGAAAAGUGAUUCAGGAGAGUGAGCCAGAGCUACUUUCUUUCUACCCUGAAGCUGAGGAUGUGGAGUCUAUAAUGAUCACACCAUUUCUUCCAGUGGUGGCAUUUGGUAGACCUCUCCCUAACAUUCAACAACAGAAUUUUGAUAUACCUUGGUUGGAUGAACGCAGCCGAUGCCGCCAAGAAGUGUCCAAAAAGAAGACGCCCCAUCGGACCUGCCGCAAGUGAAACAGUCCUGCAGGAGCGAUCAGAUGAGAGAGGCAGUGGGGUGGCUCACAUCUCCCAUAUCGUGGAGAUGCUGCUUCAGCUGUGCUGUCCUGUGGCAUGUCCUGUGUGCUGUAGGAUCAUCUUGGCAAUAUGCACUCACUCUGCAUACCCGAUUGCCUUGGUUGCACUUUUGAUCUUUAGGCGGACUAUGAAGUCAUUUUGCUCCUCCGUAAAGCCUUUAUUUGGCAUUUUUGAGCAAAGUAUGUGGCAGUCAAGAUGGCUGAAAAUCAAGCUUUCAGAAGUUCAUGUUUAUGGUUGUUUCAACAUUGCAAACUGUAACACUUGUUCUCU